AUGAACGAUAUUGUACGUGAUGCAUUAACAACAAAUUCAAUGCAAAGAAUAAAACGUUUAGCACAAGAACAAAUAACAAUAUCAACAUCAUUACCAUUAUCAUUUAGUUCAACAAUAUUUCUACGUCCUGAUGGUAGACCAUAUUCAAAUCGAUGUUUUAUAUUUGAUGUUUAUUUUCCAAAUGAAUAUCCAACAACACCACCAUCAAUUUAUUUAGAAACAACAGGAAAUCAUACAGUUAUUGUCUCUAUUCAAUCUCUUAUAUUUGUACCUGAACCUUAUUUUAAUCAACCUGGUUAUGAACGUACACGUGAUACAGCAACUGGUACUGCUCAAUCACUUGAAUAUGAUGCUAAUAUUCGACAAGCAACAGUUCGAUCGGCAAUGCUUGAACAAUUACGAAAUCCUCCUGUAUUUUUUUUCUGA